GAUGUUUUAGUUGACGGAAGUUUUUAUGGAGUGUCUCCACGGUUAGACAAAAAACAUCCCUUUGCCGACUAAAGAUGUCGUUUACUUGUAGUUAUCUGGUUUGAGAGGGAUGUUCUGGUCUCUGUGUUGUGUUGCCGCUCCAGUUGUAUUUAAUUUCCCUUCUUUAAAAUGAAAAACGUAGAAGUUUAGCGUUAGAAGUGUUAGCUUCGAGGCUUUACUAUCGACUACAACAUGGCACUAGUUCCUCCUCCUCCAGGUUCAGUCGUGGUUGCUGACUGGCAUCGAUGUAAAGACAGCAAAGAAUAUUUCAGCAAAAUCCUGCACAAGAAGAGACGCAAAAACUUCGGCCUUUUGGAGUCUCCAGUGAUGCCCCCACAUGUAGCCGUGGACACAGUUCAUUAUAAAAUCUUCCUUUCUGGAAAGAGUGGAGUAGGGAAAACUGCUCUAGCUGCACGUCUUGCAGGUCAAAAUGUUCCAAACAUGCACUAUGAAACCACAGGUGUUGAGACGACAGUGGUGUAUUGGCCAGUGAAGCUGAGAGAAAGUGGCAGAGUGAUUUUCUUUCGUCUGCAGCUGUGGGACUGUGGAGAGAACGCCUUACGUAGAUUUGACCAUCUGCUCCCAUCAUGUAAGGAGCAGGUGGACGCCGUCCUUUUCCUAUUCUCCUUCACUGACAGGACGUCCUUCGAUGAUCUGUCAAAUCAAAUUGCAAAAUGGACGGGGACAUCCGAAGACCGCAUUGUGAAGCUGGUGGUUGGCACAAAAUUUGAUCUUUUCAUGCACUGUGAUGUCACAGAAAAGGAUGCGAGGGACUUUCAGGAGAAAAGUGGUUUGCAGAUACUGCGGACAGGCGGGGAGGUCAGUGACGGGCUGGGCGACGUAGCCCUCCUCCUAAACUGCCUCGCUGAGAAUUUAUGGCAUCAGGACUGUGUUACUGCAGGAUCAACCAGCUUACAUUCACCACAGGAGACGGGGACUCUACUUUGAGGGUCAUUUAUACCUUGCAUUGCUGAGCGUUUUGGGCAUUGAGAUCUCAAAUUGACUGUACUUAGUACGUGUGUCCAUACCUUCAGAGAUGACCUGCAUCUGGAACUCACAUGCUUGCCCAUUAUCUAAAUAACAACCCAAACAUUAUUUCUGUGGCUUUCAGGCAUAUUUAUUUACAUUUGUCUAGCUUGUGGUCAGGUAUCCCUGCAUGCUUUGUGGCACAAAGCCAUUGGCAAUACAAUUGAACAGGAGCAGAUCAAGCCUCGAGCUUUGAGGAAAGCAGUGCCCCUUUAUGGCUUUAACCUUUUCAUUAAAAAUGCUAUUAAAGGA